UCAGCAGAGGCUCUCUUUAAGGGCUGUGUUUGCUCAGUGGAGGGGAUGUGUUCAGGUCUGAUCCGUUGACCCUGGAGAGAAGAUUGGGAUAAGGCUAUAAUUUGACUUGGGAACACAUUUGCCACCUUCAGAGAAGCCUUCGAAAUUGUGGUACGGCAUGCAAGAAACUACACCAACACCAUGUUUAGGAACCACUACCAGAACAUGGGGCCCAGGGCUCUAAAGUUCGUCGGAGAACUUUUUACAGACAUCUCGCUGUACAUACUGGGCUCAGACAUCAAUGUUAAUGACAUGAUAAACGAGUUUUUUGACAGCUUAUUCCCUUUGGUCUACUCACACCUAAUUAACCCGGGCUUUCCGGACCCCUCUAUGGAAAUGACUGAGUGUCUGCGGGUAGCAAGGCGGGACCUCCGAAUCUUCGGUAAUUAUCCCAAAACAAUGAUGACACAAGUGUCGAAGUCACUGCAGGCAACUCGAGUCUUCCUCCAGGCGCUCAACCUUGGGAUUGAAGUGAUAAACACGACUGACCACUUAAAAUUCAGCAAGGACUGUGGGCGUGCGCUUCUGAAAAUGUGGUAUUGCUCGCAUUGCCAAGGACUCUUGUUGGCCAAGCCUUGUGCUGGAUACUGCAGUGUUGUGAUGCAAGGGUGUCUAGCAAGCGUGGUGGAGAUAGAUAAUUAUUGGAGAGAAUAUAUUCGGUCCCUGGAUGGGCUGACUAAAGGCAUGCACGGUGUCUAUGACAUGGAGCACGUCCUACUCAAUCUCUUCUCCAUGAUACGAGACUCCAUCAUGUACGUUCAGAAGAGCGGAGGGAAGCUGUCAGCAACAAUUAGCCGGCUCUGCGGCCGUUCUCAGCAGAGGAAGUACAGGUCGGCUGCCUACCCCGAAGACCCUUUCAUUGACAAGAAGGUCCUGAAGCUGGCUCGGAUUGAGCACGAGGAAACGCUGUCCAGCAGGAGGAGGGAGCUCAUCAUGAAGCUGAAGUCUCACGGCAGCUUCUACAGCAGCUUACCGGAGUACAUCUGCAGCCACAGGUCGGCCGUUCAGAACGACACCCUGUGCUGGAACGGGCAGGAGAUCACGGAGAGGUACAGUCACCCAGUCACGCGCAGUGGAGCGAAAGCCCAGGCCAGCAACCACGAGAUGAAAAUGAAGGGUCCAGAGCCGGUGAUUAGCCAGAUUAUCGACAAGCUGAAGCACAUCAACCAGCUGCUGAAAGGGAUGUCAGUGCCGCGGCAGAAAACUCCCAGCAAAACCGUGGACGAGGACGAGUCGGAGAGUGGGGACUGUGAUGAUGAAGACGACUGCAGCGGGGCCUCCGGGAAUGGAGACGUCAGAGUGAAGAACCAGCUCCAGUUCUUAGCAGACACGGAGGACUCUGCUGCUGUCGCUUGGACCAGACGGUUUGUUUUAGGUCAAAUCUUCUGCAGACAUAAACUGACCGUCGUGCUUCAGUGCAGUUGUGCUGGUUUGCACCAGGCUUGGCUUAACUUAAAUGUGCAGGCAUGCGCUCAACUUGCUCCUGUCCUGGGAGCUGCGUAUUCCUCUUCCUAAAGACCAGACAACCGAACCGGGAUAAGAUCAGCCAGGGCCGCUUUGAAGUUUGAGAGGCAAAUUUGGACUGAAACUAAGCACAGAUGUUUAUAGACUUCCUUGCAUUGAGCUAAGACGAUUAAAAUAUUCUUAAUGAGCCGAGACUGAAAUAGUACACACGCCAGGUUUGUAGCAAAGUUGUGUAUUUUAUGUUAUGUGUAAAUACAAUAUUUAUAUUAAAAUAUCGAUUCAGAGACA